CCCAUGCGCGCAGUGAUGGCAUGGUGGCCGAAGAAGGCCAUCUUCUGGGGAGCCGCGCGCUGGCCGCCAUCUCCACCCGCGGCCACACCAAUAAGACAGGUGAUUUUAGGGUUGGUUCUGUCUAAAACCAAGCUGGCAGUAAUAUGCAGAGAAGGUUCGCCUGACAUAAUGACCAACGAGAGCAAGUUGUUUUUUCUUGAUGAAAAUGAUAGCUACCACUUGAUGAGAUUUAGCAAUACAAGCAUUUCCUCUAAUUUUAUUUGUAGGUCUGCAGGAGGUGCCUUUGAGAACUUGAUCAGCUACUCGAGCUUCAUUGUCAGCGAAGUCUCCACUGGGUUGCCCAGAUCUGUCCUGAAUUGCUUCAUUGAUGACAAUUUGGAGAAGGCUCCGCUGACACUUACAAAGGAUGUUUUCCUUUGUUGGAAAGACGAGGAUACGCUGGAGAUAGACAUGGGGUGGUAAGAAAAUGAUGAGUUCCUGAUGAUAUUAUGCUUGCUGGUCUAAACCUACAUGUAUUAUGUCAGUUUGUUGUUAAGAGUAUCUUGAAAAUAUAAAGCUACUGGGUGGCCAGACAUUCUAUACUAUGGUCUUUCCAAGAGCCCACAUUUCUGCAUGUAUAUAUUUGUUGUACAGCCUAUGCUGGUUUGCCUACAAUAAUUAUCAGAAGGUAAUAUGCAGCAGCCAAAUUCUCUCGGUC